AUGGCGCAAAGACAAGUUGGGUGGGUUGGGCUUGGCUCCAUGGGCAUCGGUAUGUCCUCCAACCUGCAAAAGUUUCUCUCUUCGUCCGGAGCACCAAAUUUAGUUUACACCAACCGGACGUUAUCGCGCGGCGAUUCUCUCAAGGAGCUAGGUGCCGUUCCGGUAGAGACUGUUUCGGAGGUGGCCAAGAGGUCAGAGAUCAUCUUCUCUUGUGUGAGCAACGAUGCCGUGCUUCAAGAUACUACGAACGAGAUCAUCAAGUCUGGUGAUAUCAAGAACAAGAUCUAUGUCGACUGCUCAACCGUACACCCCGAUACUUCUGCCGCUGUUUCGAAACAGAUCACCGAGGCCGGUGGCCAAUUUGUUGCUGCCCCCGUUUUCGGAGCCUCAGCAAUGGCCGCCACCGGCAAGCUCAUCUUCGUCACGGCCGGCCCCGAGUCCGCGACCUCAGCCAUUUCUCUAUACCUCAACGGCGUCAUGGGACGCUCCGUCAUUCCGAUGGGCACAGACGUAACCAAGUCAAGCUUGCUCAAGAUUGCCGGAAACAUCGUAGUCGUCUCCUUCAUGGAAGUCCUCUCCGAAGCCCACGUCUUUGCCGAGAAUACCGGCCUCGGUUCACCAGUGUUGGAGAACAUGAUCUCUGACAUGUUUGGCCCUGUUUUCGAGAGCUAUAGCAAGCGCAUCACUAGUGGUUCGUACGCUCCGCCGCCUGAUGGAAAGGCUGGUUUCAAUGUGGCGCUCGCGAUGAAGGAUCUGAGGCAUGCACUCACGUGUGCCAAGGACGCGGGAACAAAGUUGGAAACUAGCGAGGCUGCAUUGAGGCACAUGGAGAAGGCUAGAGAGUUUGAGGCCGUAAGACCGUUGGAUAGUAACUCGAUGUACGGUGCAGUGCGUUUGGAGGCUGGACUCGACUUUUACUCCGAUGCUUGCAAGGAACGAGACGCCAAGAAGUAG